CCCUGGGGCCAGUGGUGGGUACGUAUAAAUUACGCGUCGUAAAUGUAAUUUACGACGCGUCGAAUAUUACAUAUAUUUACACCAUGUCUAAUUAUAAUAGCGUGUGUCGAAGACACGAGAUAGUCACAGAUAUAAGGAGCUGCGCAUGUGCUCACGUUAGAGCCAAUAAUGUUUUUGCCGCGCUGCACAUUGUUCUUUUAAAAUGGAGACGAGAAAAUCGGUAAAAUAUCAAAAAUUUACCAAUAUAAUUAAUCAAUCUAUCUAAAAUCAAGCGCAUGCGCAUUAGCAUCAUUUGACAAUUGACCGUCUCUGUGUCGCGUAUGUUGCUGGUCCCGGCUGUGUCGCGCGAGGGAGCCUAGGCCUACAGUUGUAGAAUGGCGACAAUAAGGCUCCUGACCCUUGACACACACUAAAUAUAUAAUCUGAAUUAUGUAUUAAGCAAAAUCAAGCAAUUUAUUCAGUGGCAGUUGCACUCGUGCGCAGCUCGAUCGAUUCGUAUUUCUAGGCUGUGUAUUAGAACCGUCAUGUAAGCCGACGAAUGCGAUUUGUUUAUAAACAUUUGCAAAUUCGUUCCAUAUCCAUGGGAUUUGGGAUCUGAUCUUGCGCGCCUAUUACGCCUGCGAAAUGUCUGAAUUACUUGUAUCCUUAUUAUUGCAGAAGGAACGAAUAGAUGAACUUGUUAACCGUUUUGGCAUCUAUUAACUUGAAAUAAAAGAACCUUUUCUCUUAUUAUACUAAUACCCAGUAAAUAAAAUUGUCAAGAAUUAUUCAAGAAGUUAAAAUAUAUAUAAAAUAAAAUUAUAAUUUUAAUUUUAUUUUGCAUGCUCAUAUUAUUGCAACAGUUUGUCCUCCACCAGAGGGCUUGCUAUAGGCAUCGCAUCGGUGGCGCUGGCCGCUGGCGUCUGGGCUACGCUAUAUAGGCUACGCAAGUCGCAAGAAAGCCGCAGUUCUAUAGCAACGCCGACGUUCUAGGCUCUGGCGCUUUUUCUGAUGAUGUUUUAGAGGGCAUUUUCAUGUUUAUAUACACGACUAACCUCGAUUAAAAAAUACUGUUAAUAAAUAUUCUUUUGAUUGGUUCUAAUCGUAGCCAAUUACAGCUUAUUAGCUAAACAGCCAAAAUGGGGAAAAAGAGAGGAGCGCACCAUCAAACACUACCAGACCACAUCAAGAUGGAAAUUAAAGAUGAAAUAGAUAGCAACGUUCUUAUGGCUAGAGAUCGGUUUAGAGGAGCUCUAAGAGAAUUGCUACACCACAGUGAUGAAGGCUCAUCUGGAGAUUCAGGAGACGAUACUCCUUUGAGUGAUUACAAGAACCCACCAAAGAAAGUUGAUCAAUCGUACAGACCAAAACUGGUACAUAGUCAGGCACGCAAAAUGAAGAGGCGAAGGCAAAUGCAUAUGGAUUCUGCAUUUCAUCACACCUAUGUUAUGAAGCUUUUCGACAGAAGUGUUGACUUAGCUCAGUUUCAAGAAGACACACCUCUGUACCCAAUUUGUCGAGCAUGGAUGGCUAAUCAACCUAGAAAUCCUAAUCUUGUUCCAAAAGCUAGAAGUGUGAGCCCAGAGCUUGUUACAGAAACCGACAGUUUCGAUAAUUUGUUUGAUCCAAAUGGAGAAAUUAAAGAUGUUAGUUCUUUGCCACCACCCUUACCCAGCGAAGAAGCUUUCCCUAGAAAUCGUAUCCCAUCACCAAUAACGGUUGAAAGUGAAAAGUUAAAUCUAGAUUAUGAAGGACAAACGUUAAAAUCGCGUGAAGCACUGAUGAAAGAACACAGAGAACAUUGGGGUGCUGUUAGAAGAAAAUGGCAUCAACAAGCUCACAAAAAUGAACAACGGUUUACUGAAAGUGCAAAUAUUUUAAGCACGAUAUUCAAAAGAGCACAAUCGGAAUUUGACUGAGAAAUUACAAAAAGGGACUCCAAUUUAUAACUAAAUAUCAGUGUAAUAGAACAAGUGUACUUUAUGAGUAAAUGAUUGUUAUUAUGAAUAGUACAAAUUAAAUUACAUUUGGUAACUAGAACCAAGGAUUGAAUAUGAAAAUUAAUUAUUAUAAUAUGUAUGAAAAAUAACGAGGAUUUAAAAUUUUAGAAUCAUAAGCGUUUUAUUUCAAAUAUUGACAAAUUUGAUAACUUAUGUUAUACUUUCAACGAAUAGGAUUCGUUUGUAUAUCUUUGAGAUUGGUAUUUGACAAAGGAUUCUUGUUGUAUUAGAAGUGAGUCAUUUGUAACUUUUACAAGAGUCCAUUGUUCAUACAUUCAAAAUUAAUUCAUCUAUUGUUUCAUAUAAAAGGUAUAGCUAAGAAAUAAAUAACAAUUCAAACCA